AUGCCAUCCUUCUCCAACGACGUCUCCUACCAGACUGCUACAGCCACCCAUCCUCGCCCGUUCGAAUCCUCUCGGAAGUCGCACGACAAGACCCCCGUGGGAAACACUUUCUUGUGGACCAACUGGCCCAACGGCAACGGUGAUACGACCCACGACUCUCAGAAUGAUCGGCACCUUUUGACCGAUCUCAAGAACGGAAGUGCAUACUCACUGAAUGGCCCUCGGUCCAGUGUCAGCUCGUACACGCGCGACCUGCCGCUGUCCAAGGACGGCAGCAUGCAUUCGAUAGGCAAUGGAUCCACCAGGGAUCCCCGCGAGAAUGGGCGCCCGUCUGCCCUCUUGGAUCGUAAACCUUCCGAACCAGGUCCGGGAUCCGUUCCUACCACAUCGUCCUUUCCUAGCCAACCCAAUGGAAAUGCGAACGGCCGGCCCACUCCGAACAAAGUGAUGGUCAACGGGGAUGCUCAUCGGCCCUCUGCCGAUGAGACCUCCAUUUCGCCAUCGGCCUCGCUAUUACAAAUCCCACAGGCAGACGAGACAGGGAGACACACCCCAAACCCCGAUCGCUUGACCCCGGACUCGAAGGCCGGACCCCAACGCCACUCCUCCCCUCCCGCUCCAUCAAUCCUCGACGCUACCUCCGUCCCAGAAUCGCAAAAUUCCAGUAUGCGACACCGCCACUCGUUGCAAGUCCCGAGAACCCCUAGCGUUCGACGAGAUAGCCGAGAAUACACCGACGAUGCUGCGUACAGCACUGGCCGCAUGUCACCGACAGCGGGGUUCCGUCGAACGUCAAUCAGUCUAAUUAGACGGGCAACGAAGAGCAGUACCCAUCAAGAUAUCACACUAGACGAGGCGCCGCCGGAUGAAGAUGCGGCCCGAUGGGCCGAAGCCAUUAAACAAAAGCGAGCCUCGCGCCGUCGACGCGAGGAGGAGGACGAUGACCGGGUUAUUGUGGGCACUAAGGUCGAUCAGAACCACGUCAACUAUGUUACAGCAUACAACAUGUUGACUGGUAUCCGCUUCACGGUCUCGAGAAUCAACGCGAAAAUGGACCGGGAACUCACUCCAGCGGACUUUGAUGCUAAGCACAAAUUCUCCUUUGACAUUACCGGAAACGAACUCAUCCCCUCCGCGAAAUACGAUUUCAAGUUCAAAGACUACGCUCCUUGGGUUUUCCGACACCUGCGUGCCAAAUUCCGCCUCGACCCCGCCGAUUACCUCAUGUCUCUAACAAGCAAGUACAUCUUGUCCGAAUUGGGCUCGCCCGGCAAGAGUGGGAGCUUUUUCUACUUUUCGCGAGACUACAAGUACAUCAUCAAGACCAUCCACCACUCCGAGCACAAGCUUCUUCGGAAGAUUCUUCCUGAGUACUAUCGACAUGUGGAAAAUAACCCGAACACCUUGAUUUCGCAGUUUUACGGAUUGCAUCGGGUCAAGAUGGCUUAUGGCCGCAAGAUCCACUUUGUCGUCAUGAACAACUUGUUCCCACCGCACCGAGAUAUCCACCAGACAUUUGAUUUGAAGGGUUCGACCAUUGGCCGUGAUCUCCAAGAGUCAGACCUCGAAAGGAACCCCCGUGCGACCAUGAAGGACCUCAAUUGGGUCCGUCGGAACCGUAUCCUAGAAUGCGGGCCCUCGAAACGAGAUUUCUUUAUCGAGCAACUCAAACGCGACGUGGUGCUACUGCAAAAACUGAAGAUCAUGGAUUAUUCCCUUCUGGUCGGAAUACAUGACGCAGGUAGGGGUAAUGAAGAGAAUCUGCGAGACAAGACUCUUCAGGUCUUCUCACCAGGAGGGGACCGCGAACAAGACACAAACCACAACGGUCUGAUGCGUACUCCUUCCAAAUUGGAAAACGAACGCAAGGCUCGGGAGCUACGUAUGCUCAUCAAGCGUGAGCGGCCUGUUCCAUUGGACAAAGCGGCAGCGAAGAUGCCCGAUGAGAUUCUCGAUGAACGGAAUUACCAUGUCUUUUACGCCGAUGACGGUGGUUUCCGGGCUACCCAUGAGAACGGCCAACCGAGUGAUGAGAUUUAUUACCUUGGUAUUAUUGAUUGCUUGACCCAUUACGGAACCACCAAGAAGAUUGAACAUUUCUUCAAGGGACUUUCGCACGAUCGGACACAGAUCUCUCCCAUACCGCCAGAGGGCUACGGAGAACGCUUCAUCAAUUUCAUUAAGGGAAUCACAAUGUCCAAGGAAGAAGCCGAGAGACGACGAGACUCGAGACACUCUGCCUCCGGUGUCCCUCAACAAUCAGCCGAGAAGCGUCGCUCAAGAUCCUCUUCUGUCGAGCGUACCAUGCAGGCAGCCGAGAAGGAAGCUGCGAAGGACGUCUCCGUCACCCACCCCCGAACAUUAGCCACCGUUUGGGACCCCGCAGACGCCAGCGGUCCCGGCCCAACCUCGACUCUUCCCAUUGUGGAUGAAGCCGGUGAGGCAAGUAGUGUUGGAGGUCACAGCUCACACAGCCGAAAUGCCCCCCCAGCCGCGGACAAGGAACUCCCUCCUGUCCCCAACGAUGCUCCGCCACCAACACCCAGCAAAGGCAAAGAAGUUGAGCGAAGCAAGUUCUUGACUUCGAGCCCGGCCCGUCGUUAG